AUGACGAACCACAUCGUUGUUCUUGGCGCUGGCGUGUCUGGCCUCACUGCCGCCCUGCUCUUGUCCAAGAGCAAAGCCAACUCCGUUACUGUCAUCGCGAAGCACAUGCCCGGUGAUUAUGACAUUGAAUACACAUCACCCUGGGCUGGAGCCAACGUUCUGCCCAUGGCACCUGCCUCCGACAACAGAUGGGAGAGGAGGACAUGGCCCGAGAUAAAGCGCCUGGCCGCUGAGGUGCCCGAGACCGGCAUUCACUUCCAAAAGUCAAUCGUAUACCGCCGGAAGAAGGACAUUGAGGCUGGCGGCAACCCGUACGACGCUCUCUACUCCGUGGACCCCUGGUACCGCGACAUGAUGCCCGACUUCCGCGAGCUGCGCCAGGACGAGCUCCCCGAAAACGCCCACUCGGGCUGCAUCUUCACCUCCGUCUGCAUCAACACGGCGCUCUACCUGCCGUGGCUCAUCGGUGAGUGCCGCAAGAACGGCGUCGUCUUCAAGCGCGGCGUCAUCGCGCACAUCCGCGAGCUCAAGGGCCUGCACCACACGGGCAACCCCGCCGACAUCAUCGUCAACGCCUCGGGCCUGCUGGCGUGCAAGCUGGGUGGCGUCGAGGACAAGACGGUGCGCCCCGCGCGUGGGCAGGUCGUCGUCGUGCGUAACGAGAUCGAGCCGAUGGCCACCAUCUCCGGCACCGAUGACGGCCCGACGGAGGUGUGCUACAUGAUGACUCGCGCCAACGGCGGCGGCACGAUCCUGGGCGGCACCUACGACAAGGAUAACUGGGACGCGAACCCGGACCCCAACAUUGCGGUGAGGAUCAUGAAGCGGGCCGUUGACCUGUGCCCUGCCCUGACGGGCGGCAAGGGCAUUGAGGCGCUGAGCAUCAUUCGUCACGGCGUCGGACUGAGGCCGUACCGCGAGGGCGGCGUGAGGAUCGAGAUUGACACCAAGACCUUUGAGGAUGGCACGCCGAUUGUGCACGACUACGGCCACGCUGGUUGGGGAUACCAGGGAUCGUACGGCACUGCGGAGGGUGUUGUUGAGUUGGUGAACCAGAUCAGGACGGAGAAGGGCGAGAAGCUGGCGAAUGAGCCGAAGCUUUUCUCAUGGGAUCGGCCGGCGAAGUUGUAG